AUGUCGGAGAAGCGUCCGUUCAUCACCAGAUAAUAAGACCGCCCUUCUGAUUCCAUUCACCAGUCCCUUUGAGGCUUGGCUCUGCGGAGGGCACUGUUGACAACGACGGAGUUCUCGAGUGGUCUGUUUACAACCCGACUCGUACCAGCCGCCUACCGGGAGAACCCGGAACGAUGGAUUCCAUCAAUCGGGGGACGGUCCGCCCUUCCUCUCGCCCAUGGACAACAUUGCAACCGCUCUGCCGGUCACCCAACCACCACAUUGCUGUGAAAAGAGGAUCUUCUGUCUUGAUUCAGUUGCAUCUGCAGCAUGCCACGCGGUCUUGUUAGGGACGUCGCCUUCAUUUACAAUAAAUCGUGCGCUUCGAAGGGAUGUGACGGAAGCUGUCAUGCAUGAGUGAUCAAACACCCCCGUUGAAUGUGAGCUGCGUUGGGCAAUCACGGCGUUAUUCCUGCAUGGCGGGAGGAAGCCAUGGCCACCUACGUGUCAUUGCUGGUCUUGCCACCAUCCCUGAAUACAGGCAAUCUCCUGAUGAGGCCGCAAGGCCUCAACGCCAUGCCUGCCGGCAGAAAAUAUUAAAAGGUUCUGGACAUACGCUCCCACCGCUGCUCAAAGUACAGCCCUCCUUCUCCGUUGAUCUCCAUCCUUUGUUCAAAUCUCGCUCAGCAGCUGCAUUCCAAUCCCAUCGCAUUUUUUUCAGGAUGAUGUCGCAAACAUGUCGAAACAGCGUGGAGAGCGUCAUGCCUUACUUCACAGUGAGCAUGGGCCAAACCGCCAUCACAUCGCCGUCCUUGUGGAAGACACUUCUCCGGUCAUACUCCCACAUCAACCAAACAUAUAACCUCCAAGACUCCCAUGGUGUCCUUUCUUGUCAGACUGGUCUCAAGAGCAUAUUGAACACCACCUUUGACCGUGAAGCUCAAGCUUUCUUGGACCGACACUCCGAAAACCUCGAUGUUCUGGACGACUCUCUAAAUGGUCCGACCAAGGCGCGCCUGCUCGCCAGGGCCGUCGCCGGUGUCGUUGCCGUCUUUGAGCACCUGUCUGCAUGCCGUGGUGAGAUCACACAGGAGGUCUUCGAUCAUCAAGUACAGCAUUUCGCCGAGAGUGACCAGUGCAGAAGGAUCACUGCGAAGAUUGAAGAGAGCAAGGUUUUCUCACGCUGCUACGCAAAAAGCCAGCUUGCAGAUGUGAUCUGCCAGGCUGUUGACGAUGGCUCUGACACGGCGAGCCUUGGUCUCGGAGAGGAUGAUCAGGCUGCGAUUGAGUGGGCAUCCGAAUUGCCCUCGAGGAACAUGGGACUGCCUUGGGGUUUCACGAUCCUCGCGUUGAACUGAGACGGAGGACUUGACGGUGUUAACGAGACAUGCAGUAGUACGAAAGGGGGGGCACGACCAUGGCGCUUGGGGGACACUGGGUAUAGAAUUUGUCCUAAUGCGAGCCGUAAUACAACCAACUAGUCAUGCUUUUUUUUAUGACGUCGGCUCAUCGCCGACCUCACGCCGCCGCGUUUGCUUGUUGCUGUUGGCCUUGGGCGCUCGCCUGUAUUUGAAUGAUUUCACCCUUCUUCUUAUCCAGUUUGCUCUGGAUG